GACUUUAUCUCUAAUUUUAUUUGGUUGGUGAGGUAGGGACUGCCAUCGCCCCCUAUUUUAUAGACAGAGGACAGACGGCCCCGUGGCUCCCUGUGGUGUCCAAAGAAUGGGCUGGCACCUCUGGGACCAGGCUCACCACCAGGGCCCUUCUCUGAAGCCCCAGUCUGACCCGCCUGCUGCUGGGAACCCCCCUCUGCUCCGACACUAACUUCAGCUGGGGCUGAGCCAGGGUGUGUCAGACCAGCAAGGGCGACCGUCGGCCCCGCUCCUAUGGGGCAGCAGGGAGGGACGUCAGCAGGGUGGGGCGGGCACCCAAAUGGUAUGCCCCGCCCUGCCCCGCCUGCCCGCCCUGGUGGCCGUCUGGGAGCGACAAGUCCUGGGAGAACCAGACGGAAGCGCCGCUGGGACUGACACGUGGACUUGGGCGGUGCUGCCUGGGUGGGUCGGCCUGGGCUGGGAGGCAGCCCCGGGACACAGCUGUACCCACGCCAUCUGAGCACCCCAAGCCCGAUGCAGCCAACCCCAGAAGAGGCCCGGAGGGACAGGGCCGGGGACAGCCAGUGGUCCAGGCCCGAGUGCCAGGCAUGGACAGGGACGCUGCUGCUGGGCACAUGCCUGCUGUACUGCACCCGCUCCAGCAUGCCCAUCUGCACUGUCUCCAUGAGCCAGGACUUUGGCUGGAACAAGAAGGAGGCCGGCAUCGUACUCAGCAGCUUCUUCUGGGGCUACUGCCUGACGCAGGUUGUGGGCGGCCACCUCGGGGACCGGAUUGGGGGUGAGAAGGUCAUCCUGCUGUCAGCCUCUGCCUGGGGCUCCAUCACAGCCGUCACCCCGCUGCUCGCUCAGCUGAGCAGUGCCCACCUGGCCUUCAUGACCUUCUCACGCAUCCUCAUGGGCUUGCUCCAAGGGGUUUACUUCCCUGCCCUGACCAGCCUGCUGUCACAGAAGGUGCGGGACAGUGAGCGAGCCUUCACCUACAGCACCGUGGGCGCCGGCUCCCAGUUUGGGACGCUGCUGACCGGGGCAGUGGGCUCCCUGCUCCUGGAAUGGUACGGCUGGCAGAGCGUCUUCUAUUUCUCCGGCGGCCUCACCUUGCUUUGGGUGUGGUACGUGUACAGGUACCUGCUGAGUGGAAAAGAUCUCGUCCUGGCCUUGGGAGUCCUGGCCCAAGGCCUGCCGGUGUCCAGGCACAGCAGAGUCCCCUGGAGACGGCUCUUCCGGAAGCCUGCUGUCUGGGCAGCCGUCAUCUCCCAGCUCUCUGCAGCCUGCUCCUUCUUCGUCCUCAUCUCCUGGCUGCCCACCUUCUUCAAGGAGACCUUCCCCGAAGCCAAGGGUUGGAUCUUCAACGUGGUGCCUUGGUUGGUGGCGAUUCCUGCCAGUCUAUUCAGCGGGUUUCUCUCUGAUCGUCUCAUCAAUCAGGGUGAGCCCCGCGGAGGGGACCGGGGCUGGGGACCACACCUGGAUUCGCCUCACUUUCAAGGGGCAAGAUGCUCCUCUCCUGGGGGUGCAGCUUCAGCACAUGGAGAGCUGGGGCAGGGGCGCUUCUUUCCAGGCUCGGCCUCCUCCUUAAAGGGUGGGGUUAGACUGUGGUGAGAGGGUCUGGUCUCACGGUGACCAUGGAGCUCGCCCCUGGGGGCCAGAUGCAGCCCCUGACCCUCUGGGAAGGCACCUGGUGGGGUCAGAGGUUGCAAACAUCCUUGAACCUUUGGAAGAGCUUCUGUCUUUGUUCCAUGUGCUCCAGACCCACGCUGGGAUGAGCCCCGAGUGGGCUGCGUGUUUCUUCCCCUAGUGCAGUGUCCUCACAGACAGGUACAGGCGGAUGCACACGCGUGCCCACAUGCUCUCUCCACACAUGUAUGCCUAUUCUUAGAAUGUUCGUGUUUUUCCCAAUUGCAAAAGGAAUACACACGCGUUGUGGAAAGCUAGAAAACCUGGAACAGCAGAGGAAGUGGGGCCGCUUGCCUGUUUCCACCUCUAACUGCUGUGUGGCUGUUCUGUGUUUGUCCCAGACCCACGCCUUGGGAACCUUCCAAGGGCACAGGCGCUGCCUCGUAGCUGUGCCACACACACGUGUGUGCGCAUGUUUUUGCCCACAGCACGGGAUAGCUGUCUUGAGCCCCAAGCCUCCUCCUCCCCUGCUGCCCCUCUGCAGCUGUUCAGGAUGGGACCCCCUCUGGGCGCCGUCUGGGGUGUCAGCACGAAAGGCCUAAUGGGAGCCCCUUCCUUGGCCUCCCCCUGUAGGUCACACGGCCGUCC